AUGGCUGGUACUGACCACAUUCACGCGGAUGGUUCUCGAUCAGCCAACGUGGACCAAGUCCCAAUCGAGAAGGAGGAUGUAUCCCAAGUCGAGCGCGUACUUUCUGGCGGUAGCGAAAUCCACAAGGACUUCAUCGACUAUGAUCGCAUAGACAAGGAUGUUGCCAAAUAUGCCACUCAAGAACGCAUCGAAAUAUCAGAGUCAGAAAACAAACGCUUGAAGAGGAUGAUCGACCGGAGAGUUCUCGCAAUCAUGAUCCCAACAUACUUUUUGCAAGCUUUGGAUAAGGGCACACUCUCUUUUGCCGCGAUAAUGGGCAUCAGAAAAGAUCUCGGCCUCCUCGAUGGUCAAAGGUAUUCGUGGCUCACAACUUGCAUCUAUAUUGCAGUGUUGGUCGUUGAAUAUCCUACCAAUUGGACGAUUCAACGAGUGCCGAUCGCGAAAUAUUUGUCCUUGAACAUCAUGCUCUGGGCAACAGUACUUGCCCUACACUCGGUUGCAAACAGCUUCACUAGCAUCCUGGCAUUGAGGACACUUCUCGGUAUUUUCGAGGCCGUGUGUCAGCCAAGCUUCCUGCUCCUCAGCAGUAUGUGGUACAAGAGAGAAGAGCAAGCCGAGACUGUGACCUACUGGUACAUGAUGAACGGUGGACAACAAAUCGUUGGUGGUCUUCUGGCCUACGCCUUUACCCAAAUUGACCAUGGCCCAUUGAAGUCGUGGCAAGCCCUCUUCAUCACAUAUGGAUCAUUGUCAUUUCUCUGGGGUCUUUUCGUUGGAUACUGGAUGCCGGAUUCUCCUAUGAAAGCCAAGUGUUUUUCGGAAGAAGACAAGCGGUUGAUGGUUGAACGCGUUAGAAGUAACCAAACAGGUCUUCAGAAUAAAAGGUUCAGACCUGAGCAGGUCAAGGAAGCCUUUUUAGAUCCUCAAACAUGGUGCUACAGUCUGAUUGCCAUAUGCACAACUCUUCCCACUUCGGGUCUGGGUGCAUUUGCUAACAUCAUUAUUACCGGUUUCAAGUUCACCGUUCUUCAGACCCAGCUGCUUGCCAUGGUACUUGGCGUUGUGAUCAUCGGGAUCUUGCUCAGCUCAACAUGGCUUGUCAAACGUACUCAUCAAAACUGCCUGGUAAUGGGCUUUUUUGUCAUUCCAUCAUUCGUUGGAACGAUCGUACUCAUGAGCGUCAAGAAUCACAACACUGCAACCAAGGCCGGCCUGCUGAUCAGCUACUAUAUCGUCCUUUCUUUCUGGGCUGCACAAACGUUGGCCAUGAGCAUUCUUUCUCGUAAUGUUGGUGGUCAGACCAAGAAGAGUAUUGUUGUUACGAUCAACUUUGUCUCAUGGUGCACCGGAAAUGCAAUCGGUCCUCAAGUAUUCUUAUCAUGGAAUGCCCCACGAUAUUUCAUCGCAUUUGCCACACACAUGGGUUGUUAUGUGUUGUUGGUCAUUGUGAUCAUCUUUCUGCGUUGGCACUUGAAGCGACAGAAUCGCAAGAAGGACGAAUUAGCAGCAGCAGGCAUUCAGGAAGCUGAUGACCGGGAAUUUGUUCACGCCUUCGAAGACUUGACAGACCGUGAGAAUCCCAACUUCAGAUAUAUCUACUAG